GUAUCGAUAGUGUUCUGAUGUUUUACCAGAACUAAAACAAAGGAUACGAAGGGAACAGGAAACAAAGGAACAAACACAAACCCAAGGAUGACUAAGUUACCAGGAGGAAAUCUGGAGUUUGUCCGGGAGGACGACUUCGUGGAGUACUACAUAUUCCCUAAGCUGCCGGAUAACCUAGGAGAUGAGGCACAGCUGCAGCAGCAGAUGCUAAAAAUCCGCUCGGAAAUCUCGGCUAUUGUGAAAGAAAAGACCCUUGAAAGAAGUUUCCUGUGGCACAAGGAUGAGUUCCAGUUGCAGAUCCGGACGGGCAGUGCCCAGGAGCGACUGUUGAACGAGGAGACCAACGUGGAGGAAGAAGAGGAGCUGGGUGACCUCCCGCCCCAUUUCCACGGCGUAACCCAUUACGGCGACAACAUCAGCGACGAGUGGUUUAUCGUGUAUCUGCUUACGGAGAUCACACGUGCUCGGGGAGAUUGCAUUGCCCGCGUCAGUGAUUCGGAUGGCGAGUUCCUGCUAAUAGAGGCGGCGGACGCCCUCCCGGACUGGGCUUCGCCGGAGACGUGUGAGCACCGGGUUUACCUGGUUGGUGGGUGCUUGCAGCUGCUUCAGAACUCGGCGGCCAGUAGCCAAGAGAAAUCCAUCAGUAUGGCCACAGCUGUCCAGCGCAUCCGAUUGAAUCCCACCCUGUACCGCUGCUCCCGGGAAAUACAGUCAUGCAUUGACGCCCGAUUAAAGGAGUUCCAAAUUGCCCAGCCACACUUUUCAAUCCAUCGCCAGGUUUUGGAACUACCGCAGAGCGCGGCACAGCUGCUGAAGCAACAGCCGCGCCUGGUGUCCGCCGCAGUAAGGGCAUUUUGCGACCGGGACUCACUGGACACCAAGGCAUUGCGCACCAUGCGCUACUUCCCACCGGAGGCCAAGCGCUUGCGCACAAACGUGCGCUUCACCCGCUGUCUCUAUGCGAUGCUGAUGCACCAACAGUACGUGCCGGAAAAGCGGCUGGGCUGGAACCUUACAGAUGCCGUAUCCCAACCGGAAUUGUACAAGGAACAACUCAUGGGCGUUAAGCUGGCCAGCGGACUGGAAAUUCUGGCCAGCCAAGCCAAGCGAGUGGAGGCCCAGCAGCUGGAAGAGACGCCCGCGUGGCGGUCCUAUCUGCGCAGCCUUCAAGGCAAGGGCUACUUCCGUGACAACAUCGAGGGCAGUGCCGAAUACCAGGAGCUCCUGGCCAAGGCCAAGGACUACUUUCGAGGUAACCAAGAGCGCUUUCGCACCGCAACACGCGUGGGUGCCGAGAUCCUGGAACUGUUGCUUCAUCCGGCGGAGGCAGCCUCCGAGGAGCUGCGCGACGAGGAGAACAACCUGCAGCCCAGCGACUCUGACGAGUGGCUGAACAUCAGCGCCGAGGAUCUGGACUCCAUGCUGCAGGACCGCUACGGCCCGCAGAAACUCUACAAGCCGAAUGGAGACAUCAAUGCCGAGGAGUUCACCAAGCAGCUGUCUGACUUUCUCGAUCGCCAGUCCAACUAUGAGGGCAUCGAGCACCGUGGCCACGAGGAGCAGGAACUAGACUCGGACGACGAUGAUGAGCCCACGCAGCGGGCCAGAACCUCCACUUCCGGUCUGGGUUUCGGGGCCAAGGUGAAGAAGAAUGCGUCCAUGAGGAAGGCCUGUCAGCGCAACUCCCUCAUUCAGACCGAGGAGCCGGACAGCACUCAUGUGCGAAAUUUCUUGGACUUUGUCAUACCGGAGGACAAUUGGGACUCCACAUCGGAAAUGAGCGACUACGCGGACGAGGAUGAUCUGGAGGGCAAUCUGAAGGCACUAGCCGGCUCGGCAGCCGCUGUGUUUCCGCUGGACCGACAGAUUCAGUCGUACAUGCAGCAAAUGGAUCGCGAGCUGGCCCAGACAUCCGUGGGCAAGUCCUUCCAUGGGCAGAAAAAGAAGAAUGUUGAGGAUGAGGACGACUUUGAUGACAUUGAGGACUUUGAGCCCAUCAAUAUCAAUGUAAAUACGCUUCGGAACAUGAUGGACAGCUACCAAUCGCAGGUGGGCGGCGCUGGACCCGUCUCCAAUCUCUUUAGCGCCAUGGGCGUGGGCAUGGCAGCCGCUGGCGCUGAUCAAGAGCCCAAGGAUCUUUCCGAAUCGGCCGUUUAAACCGGAUAAACAGGGAUUAUUCUAGUUCUUAAGACCGUCAAACAAAGUAAAUGUGUAAAAUUGAUUGUAA